AUUUUACUAAGACGUAGGGCGGUGCAAUUUGUGGUGAUUGUCACGUUGUUUUUGGAAUCCUAUCUAGCAUGGACCCUAGUAGGGUAGUUGAGGCAUUAAGUAAUACUCUGUUGGCAGAAAAACAAGGAAAUGGGACAAAGAUACUUGAUGAAAUGCAUAAAAUUAUUGGAUUUGUUCCCACUCUAUUGAAAAUCAUCCUCGAAGAGAGUAUUGAUGUGGGAGUACGACAAGCAGCAGCUCUCUAUUUUAAAAACAACAUCUCUGAAUGGUGGAAGCCCGAUGAGUCAGACGAAUCUGGUGAAUUAAGAUUUUGUAUACAUGAGCAAGAUAAGCAGGCAAUCAGAAGUUCUAUUGUAGCAGCUCUUGUCUCGGCGCCAAUUCCUUUUCAAACUCAUCUCCAGGUUGCUCUUUCCAAAAUAAUUAGGCAUGAUUUUCCUACUCGUUUUGAAGAGUUCCCUGAACAAGUAAAGCAUUUUUUAGAAUCAAAUGAUCGCCAUCAUCUUCGAGGAGCUCUUCGUUGCCUUUAUGCUUUUGUUGAAGUGUAUACAUACAAAAAAAACGAUGAACGCGCAAAUACGGUUUCCACGAUGCAAGUGUUUUUUCCAAUCUUAUAUUCAACGUUGUCGAGUCUCAUCGCUGAAGAAUCCGAAGAUUCUUAUGUACUUCAAACGCUCAUUAUCAAAAUAUUCUUUUCAUUUAUAAAUUACCAUUUCCCACUGGAUGCAAUGAAUAAACAGUUAUUUACUCAUUGGAUUGAUAUGUUCUGUACUAUACUCGGUGAUUUCAAAGUGACUCAUUCGGACACUUCAAGUUCAACCUGGAAACGGCAAAAAUGGGCUUUAAAAAUACUUAACAGGGUUUUCACCCGUUAUGGUAGUCCUGGCUCAGUCAUUAAGCUAUAUCAACCAUUCGCUGACUGGUAUCUUAAAGCUUUCUCAGGGCAAAUAAUAUCAGUACUUCUGAAUAUAUGUGAAGCAUACAGACAAAAAUCAUUCGUUUCCAAACCUGUGCUUAGUCAAACACUGGACUAUUUUUCUUCGGCACUGGCUAACUCAUUUUCAUGGAAAUUACUACGGCCACAUUUCUCUCUUUUGGUCCGUGAAGUUAUAUUCCCGCUAAUGUCAUAUACCGAAGAAGAUGCAGAAUUAUGGCAAGAAGAUCCAGUGGAAUACAUUCGAGCAGAAGCCGGUGAUUGGGGAUCAGUAUCUAGUCCAGCAAGUGCAGCGUCUACGCUUCUAAGUGAAGCAUGUGUUAAACGACGUGGUGUUCUCAAUAACAUAAUGCCGUUCUGCAUUCAUAUAUUAAGUUCCGAGAGUUCUCCUAUUGAGAAGGAUGCUGUUUUGCACAUGUACAUAGCUAUAGCUGAAAUCCUACUGAAAAAAGCUGCAUACAAGUCUCAAUUAGAAUCAUUUCUUGUAGGUCAUGUCCUUCCGACUUUGCAUGCUCCUGAAGGAUAUCGUCGUGCUAGGGCUUACAGAUUGCUGGAGAAAUUAUCAGAGGCUAAAUUCAAUGACCAAAAUAUAUUUGCCCAAGUUGUUGAUGAAGUGAGAAAAGCUGCAUGUUUUGAUUCGGAAUUGCCAGUUCGUGCGUUUGCUGCACUCUGUCUCUCAGAAUUAGUUCGGUGUCAAGAAACUGCUCAUCAAUUUGUGGCUCCUCAUCUACGCGAACUCUUGAUACGUUUAUUGGAGCUUCUUCGGCAAACUGAAUUCGACGAUUUAAACAGUGUAAUCGAAAUAUUAAUACAUACAUUUGAAAAAGAAAUAGUUCCAAUCGCUUCUGAAGUUAUGCAAACAUUGUCAGAUACGUUUCAUCAGCUCGUUAUUAAAUCCGAGUAUGAAUUAAAUAGGGAAUUAAUCGAGCUUGAGGAUACAGAAGAUCUCUUUGAGUACCGGUCAAUAGUUGCUACAAGUGUUUUAGAUAAUAUGGAGUCUAUUCUGCAAGUUGGUGAAGAUAAUGAAAACCUUGUUGCUCAGCUUGAACCCAUUGUUGUGCAUUUGAUCCAAUCUAUAUUCAACCAUAAAUUAAGUGUGUUCUUUGAUGAAGCUCUCACGUUCAUUUUCUCGCUGACAACUAACAAGAUUUCCCCACUUUUGUGGCAACUUUUCGAUCAACUCUAUCCUGUAUUCAAAAAAGAUGCUUGCGAGUGCUUUUCCGAAAUGAUGCCCUGUCUACAUAAUUACAUAACAGUGGACCGUGAGGCUUUCCUGGCAAAUACUUCACGUAUUGAACAAAUUACUGCUAUGUGUUUAGAGGUGUUCUCAAUGGAUGACCAAGAAAGACUACAAAUGCAUGCUGCAAAAUUACUUGAAGUUAUUUUACUUGAUUAUCGAGGUCAAGUGAAUCAGUAUGUACCAAAAUAUGUUGAGCUAGCACUUACACGUCUUACACGCCCGCUUGUUUCAAGUGAACUUAGAACACUCUGUAUGCAGGUGGUAAUUGCUGGAUUGCUUUACUCACCUAUGGAUAUGCUUCAUAUGAUGAUCGAGCAUCCAUGGCCUGGGACAGAGGUUAACAUUUUGUCCGAAUUCCUUAAACGAUGGAUUGAAGAUGCAGACUGUUUCCUUGGAUUGCAUGAUCGCCGCCUCUGUGUCUUAGGACUUUGUUUGAUUAUUUCUCUUCCGGUUGAUAAACGAACUGAUGCAAUUGUAACAUUCAGUGAAAAGUAUAUACCAUCACUUCUACUGUUAUUUUCUGGACUGAAAAAGGCGUACGCAACAAAAGCUUCCAAUCAAAAUGAGGAUGAUUCGGAUGAAGAAGAAUCUGAAACAGAGGAAGAUUUAGAGGGUAAAGCUUUGGGAAGCGAUGAAGAUGAAGUAGACGAAGAAAGUGUUCGUUAUUUGGAAAUGUUAGAGGCAACUAAAGAUUCAGAUGACGACGACGACGAUGAUGAUGAAGAUGAGGACGAUGAGGAAGAAGAAACACUCGAGGCGUUCGACACACAAAUGGAUAAGUCUGAAUGUGAUAUGGAUGAAUAUGUAACGUUUUAUCGUGUAAUGACUGAAUUGGAAAGAUCUGAUUAUGCAUGGUAUAGUCAGUUGAUAAAUCAUCUUAGUGAAGAACAACAAAAUGAUCUCAAAGGAGUGGUGGAUACUGCUCUAAAAUGUAUCCAACAAAAAGAGUCUAAAAUUAUUGAACAAGCUGGAGGAUAUACUUUUUCACCAACUAUCCCUAGUAGCUUUGAUUUCGGUUCACCCAAUGGACAACUUAAAUAAUCUAUGUGUUAUAAACUCUGUAUAGGAUAUGUUAUAGUCUAAUAAACAUGUAAACAAAACUUUCAUAAUUACAAUUUACUUAACUCCAUUAAAUGUGCGCGCUACCCAUUAUGCUAUUUUUAUUUCAUAAAUAAUCUGGUAACUAUAAUUUUGUUCUCUCUUCAGUUUGUUUUCCUUUUAUCAUUGUACACAUAUAUUAUUCUUCUUUGUCUUCGUCUUCUGUAUGCUCUUAUUGUCAAUGUUUACUAUUUCUAACUUUGUGUUUCCUGUUCAACUGACACUAAUCCAUGAUCUUUGUCUGUAGUGCUUCUAUUCUUCUCCCCCAUUCGUAAAUAUUCUAUAUUGCACACACACAUAUAUAUUUGUGUUUUGUUUUUCUUUUUUCCCAUUAAUCAAUGCAUGAAAUGAAAAACUAACCAAAUAUAUAAUUCGUGUUCAACAGAGAUUUGAUUGUGACUUAUUUGUUGGUAAAUAUUUUUCUUAUGUAUUCAAAGAAAAUUGUGUUUUUUUGUUUGUUUUUAUAUCCCUGUUUUUUUCAAUAUUAGUUCCCCCUUCUUUCUUUUUUUUUGAGAAAAAAGAAAGAAAAGAAAGAUCUUGUUAACGACGACUGCAUUAUAAAACUGUGGUUAAUUUUCUUGCUUAUUUUUGCUCUUUUUUAAGACAUUCAAUUUCUCAGAUCACUGCUUUUUGAAAGAAACAAAUAUCUAAUUAGUACAGUGUUAUAAUCCUCUAUGAAAUUUGAUUUGCUUUUACAAAAUAAAAUCUAUUCAGUUUUGCUUUGUAGUGUAUUUUUUGUUUGUUUGUUUGUUUAACGAAUAAAUUACUUGAUGUGAUGUACUG